AUGCACCAAGAUCAGAGCUCUUCAAAUAAAAAGAAGAGCUACUUCCGGUUUGCAGGCAUGAAAAUAUUUUCAGAGGGUUACAUCUCCUCUGGGUGCAACCGCACCCCAAAUAGUGUUGAUUGGGGCAAUAAUGGUUUGAUUGCAUAUGGGUCAUGUAAAGGAGUCGCCAUCUAUGAUCCUAAGUUGGAUGAGAGAUGUGGUGCUGUGAUAUGUACUCUAUCUGGGCACAAAGCGAGGGUGAACUGUGUCAAAUGGAUUGGAAAUAAUUCUGUUGCUGAGGAGUGUGAACUGGUGUCAGGCUCCACAGAUACCACUGCCAUUGUCUGGAAAAGGGUUGAUAAACAAUUUGAGAGGAAUUGUACACUCAUUGGCCACACGGGUCCUGUGAAUGCAAUAGACACGCUGUAUUCAGAAACAAAAGAAGGGGCAAGAACGCUUGUUGUAUCAGCCUCUUCAGAUUCUACAGUAAAAAUAUGGGAGAGAAAACCUGAUUGUGGUGAAUUCACUUGUAUCCAAACACUCUCAUUUGGGAAUGGGUUUGCUCUUGAUGUUUCUAUUACACUACUGCCAGAUAGCAAUGUGCCAAUAUUAGCUUGUGUUGGUGAUGACAUGAAAGUUCAUCUUUAUACAGAAAACAGUGGACAGUUUGUGAAGGGAAUCUCUCUACCUGGUCAUGAGGAUUGGAUUCGAUCUUGUGAGUUCUCACAGCAAAGCGAUGGAGAUAUUCUGCUUGCCACUUCUAGCCAGGACACCUUCAUCAGAAUAUGGCGACUAUCACCUAGGCAACAGCAGUCUACAGAACAAGACAAUGGCGAAUUGAAGCUUAAAGAAACAACCAUUUCAACUUCAGGUAAAUGCUUUGCUGUGAUUCUGGAAUCUGUGCUAGCUGGUCAUGAAGGUUGGGUAUAUGCUGCACAUUGGGCACCCCCUGUAUUGCAACAUGGUGUCCCCACACAAACCAUGUGCUUGCUGUCUGCCUCUAUGGACAAAACUAUGAUUGUAUGGAGGCAAGAUGAGGAAUCAGGAGUAUGGUUAGAGCAGGUGAGAGUAGGGGAGGUUGGUGGGAACACCUUGGGUUUGUAUGGCUGCCAAUUCAGCCCUGAUGGCAGCUCAAUCCUCGGCCAUGGAUACCAGGGAGCCUUCCAUUUGUGGCACCAACAACAGGAUAAUUUGUGGAGUCCAGGGGUAGCAGUGAGCGGCCAUUUUGAUUCAGUAGAAGACAUCGCCUGGGACCCAGAGAAUGGGAACUAUCUGCUUUCUGUUGGCCUGGAUCAGACCACUCGGCUACACGCUAUCUGGAGGCACGAAGAUAAGGUAUCAUGGCAUGAGAUAGCAAGACCACAGGUACAUGGUUAUGACAUGACCUGUCUCUGCAUGAUCAACAAAUACAAGUUUGCAUCAGGAGCAGAUGAAAAAGUCAGUCGAAUAUUUGAAGCACCUAAAAAUUUUAAGGAAAAUCUGGACAGUAUUUGUGGCAUAGAUACCAGUAAAGACAUUGCAUCCCAUCCGAGUGAUUUAGCUGAAGGUGCUAGUGUUCCUGCUCUGGGUCUUUCCAAUAAAGCAGUUUUCUCAGAACAACCACAAAAUCUAUACGAGGACGGUGAACUUCAACCACAGAAAAAUGGACAGUACGGGGAAAUUUAUUUCAAAUCUGUUGCUUUAGAAUGUCCUCCUACAGAAGAACACCUAUUACAAAAUACACUAUGGCCAGAAACUCAAAAGUUAUAUGGGCAUGGGUUUGAAAUAUACAGUAUGGCUUGUAAUCCUCAGGGCACUGUGCUGGCCACAGCUUGUAAGGCAUCAAAACCUGAAUAUGCUUCUAUACUCUUAUGGGAUGUAUCUACAUGGCGACAAAUCUUCAAACUGGAAUCUCACACGCUGACGAUCACCCAGCUUGCAUUUUCCCAUAAGGGAAACCAGCUGUUAUCUGUAUCUAGGGACAGAACAUGGUCAUUGUUUGAAGUGCCAGUGAAAGUAUCAGAUGUUGAGGAAUGUGUAAGGUGCAUAGCUCAUACUGACAAAAAGACUUCAGUUCAUUCCCGGAUUAUCUGGUCAUGUGCCUGGAGCCAUGAUGACUGCCACUUUGUUACUGCAGCAAGAGACAAAAAGGUAGUUAUGUGGGGCCAGACACCAGAGGGCACUGUGUGUGGUUAUGGGUCAUGUGGAGCACCUCUAGACUGUGGAGAAGCAGCAACUGCUGUUGAUAUGGCUCCAUGUGAAGUUAAAAACAGAUACCUGGUGACCACAGGUUUGGAGAGUGGCAAGAUAUUACUACAUCUCUGGGACAAGACAUCUUCCUUUCAGUUGAUGGGAGCUCUAGAUAAUAAUAUUUCUCAUCAAUUGACUGUAAAGAGACUAAAAUUUCGACCAGUUUUAGGUCGGGCAGAGGAUAAAGAUGGCAGCACUGAGUCAAAAUAUUUACAACUGGCAAGUUGUGGGGCAGAUCAUGCAGUGAAAAUAUAUGACAUUUCUAUUGAACAUUUAACAAAUUAAACCCAUAACCUCUGAGAGCUGAAUAUUUUAGGGUGAAUAAUUGCAUUGAAAGAUAAAAAUUAGAAAAUUUAAUUG